CCGUCAGGCAAAUGAAUAGCUUCGAACAGCGUCCCUGGUAGCAGUUCAACCGCACCCAGUCUGACGUUUCUCACACAAGUUUAAUUCAUUUAAUCUUUUCUACCGUACUUUUUAUACAGUAUUUUCAAUUCAAUUAUUAUUUGUGAUGUUACAUAUAAAGUUUCUUACAAGCAACAAAUAUUUUUCGAUCAAUCCUUGGGAAUGUAUAUUGAUGGGAGAGUUCUGUGUUCUUGGAUAUCUAGUGAAUCUUUGCUAACUAUAUUGUAAUGAAAAGUGAAUGAAGCAGUGUGUUGGAAAAAGUGAAAUUAUAUGAAAUUUUUCAUAAAGAAUAUAAAAUAAAAUUUACUAGUGUCAUCAUUGAAGAUACCAUGUAAAUACUAAAUAUAGAGAUAAUUUUCUAAGUUUAAAAUAAGGAAUAAAUAGUGAAUGCACGUACAAAAUGCACUGGUUAUGUUUAUUCUUGAUUAUCUUGGGUUCGUCAAGAGCUGAAUUGUCAACAGACUCACCAUCGAUUUAUUACACCGAACCAUCAAUUACUGAUAAUAAUGAUGCAAGAGAACUUAAUGAAUUAUUCGGCGGACAUAUCAUCAAUGGACCUCAAUCUCUCAAGAGAUCGGAGAGUCCAUAUAUUUUACGAGAAGACUUGAUUAUAGAAAAAAAUGGCCAGCUAAUAAUUGAACCAGGUGUUGAAAUACGAUUUGCGCCUAUGAUAGGAAUCACAGUUCGAGGAACCAUUGUGGCAAAGGGAGAUGCAGACAAUAAAAUCCAAUUAACAAGCAUAGAAACACCUACAGUCAAAUCAGAGUUUCCAUCAAUUCGACUGGUAGAUGGUCCAACUCCUCUUGAAGGCAGAGUUCAGCUUUACCAUAACGGAGUAUGGCGAGCAGUCUGUACAAAUUCUCGUAAUUGGACGCGAGCGGAUUAUGAAGUUGCUUGUCGACAGCUUGGGUUCCAAGGUGGAAGAUGGUCAGGCUGGUUUGACAGACAAUGGCCAGCAAAAUCUAGAUUAUUGUAUGAAAAACCUCAAUGCCGUGGUACUGAAUCAUCGAUAAAAGAUUGUACUCAAUGGCAGCUUCGACAAAUGGGAGCUGGUGUUUGUGAUUAUCAUCCUGAUCUUGCAAUCGCGUGUUUACCACAUUAUGACGGAGCAAGUCAAAUGACGAAACAUUGGCGAGGAAUUCGAUUUGAAAAUGCUAUUUACGAUAAACCUCUUAUUCAAGAACACACGUUUUAUGCCAGACGAUCUAAGUCUAUUCUUCGACACGUUAACAUCAAGUAUGCAGGUAAUGGACGAGAAAAUAAUAUUACAUCUGCUCUACAUGUGGAAGGUGUUCCACCGCGAAUGGAAUGGAUUUCAGUGCUUCAUUCAGCAUUCACGGGUAUCAACGUUACAUCUCCCGACGCUCCCAUAACUAUCACUAAUUGUACGAUACGUAAUAAUAGAGGCUAUGGAAUUUAUGUAAACAGCUCAAUGGGACUAACACACAUUGAUAAUUGUGUUGUGCUAAAUAAUGGUGCUGACGGUAUAAAAUAUGUUCAUCACGAUGAAAGGCCAGACGAAAAGCUUGAUAAAGCAAGUGUAUAUGAUUUAUGUACAUUUCCGACCACAACAAGUCAGACAUUUCCAAUUACAAUAUCCAUGGUACAAAAUAGUUACACACCGAAUUUCAAAGAGUGUCCGCAACACAUUUUAACACUUCCAGGUCAUGUGUUAACGUUGCAAUUUUUACAAAUGAAAACAGAUCGAAAUGAUAGUGCAACAAUUGAAGUUUAUGAUGGUAUAAGUACUAGUGAUAAAUUAUUAGCACGUGUUUCUAUAAGAAAUGGAACAUUGCCUCAAAGUGUGACAUCAACUCGUCAGAACUUGUAUAUUAAAUUUCACGCUCAACCACGCACUCAAGUGUUUGCAUUUAUAAAAUUAUUGUCAGGGUAUAAGAAAAUAUACGAUCUCAAUGUAACAAAUAGUGCAAUUUCUGAUAAUAAUGGUCGUGGAAUAGCAGCUGAAAAACUACGAUCUAUGCUUCAUGUUCACGAAACUUCAGUUUCAAAUAACAAUCAUGUAGCUGGUAUUCAUGUUCUUGCUGGUGUUCCAGAUAUUAAUAUAACCGCAAGUCGGAUAUCAUUUAAUAAUGGUGCAGGUGUAAACAUCACAGUAACCGGAGGGAAUCGUAAUAUAUCACAAACAACCAUAUCUUCAAAUCAAGGUUCUGGUGUAGCAGUUUGGCUAAAUGAUAGCUCUACUAGUGAAUAUUUAUAUUUUAAUCAAACCACCGUAAUAGAAUAUUCUGAAAUAUUCAAAAAUAGAGAAGCUGGUGUGCUGAUAAGUAAUUCUACUGGAAUAUCUUACAUAAAUAUAACGGGUAACUGUUUUAAUAGCAGCACUGAGAAUGCAAUUCAAAUAGAAUCCAGUUGGAGGAGUAAUCAGGGCAUUCUCAUGCUUCAGAUCGGUCAUAAUGUAUUUGUAGAAAAUGCCAAACUUGGUAUCAGACUAAGUCCAGCAUUAAAUAUGAUUGGAAAAAUUGAACAUAACCAUUUUCGAGAACAUACUUAUGGAGGAAUUUUGAUAAAAAAUCCAUUGUAUGAAGAAUUUAACAUUUUGCCGGCAGAAAUAAUUAUUCAACACAAUGAAUUUUAUGAAAAUAAAGGUAUUUUCGUUGCAAGCAUUGGACUAUCGCCGUAUAGUGAAGUUCAGAAACUUGUUUUUAUGAAAAAUUUCUUGAGAGAUAAUAUUAUCAAAGAACCAUUUGAUGACGAGUAUAUGCAAACUUCUAAAUUAACUCCUAGAUCACGUGUAGCAGCAGUGGUUGUGGUUUCAUCAGCAAAUGUCGAUAUUUUCCGGAACAUUUUCCAUAAUUUACAAUCUCAAUAUGAAAUUGGAUCACAUUUAGAAGAUCAGAGUAAAAUAAUUAAUUGUACUUACAAUUGGCUAGGAUACGGUGAAGAACAAAAAAUUCAUGAAAGAUUGUUUGAUCGUAAAGAUCGUUAUAAUUUAGCUAAAAUUAAUUAUUUACCAUUUUCACUUCAUCCAAGUAAUCCUUCAGCAAAUACAAUUAUUACUCAUCCAACGUUCGUACCGUCUUUUAACCGUCCUGGAACUAAUCUUGUUGGAGGAGAAGUAGAUGGAUUAGAGGUUUUAUUUACUGGAGAAUAUGUUGUUGAAAGAGACAUAAAUGUAAGACCUGGUGGAAAGUUAAUUCUUCAACCUGGAGUAACUCUUAAAUUUCCUCCAGCUGUGGGAAUGAUGGUUGCCGGAAAGCUUGAUGCGAGAGGAAAAGCAUCAAGCAAUAUUGUGAUGACAUUAAAAGAAGAAAUUAUAAUAGAAAUGGAAAAUGAUACUAUGAGUGAUGACAUGGAUAAUUUUGAGGAAGAAAAAGAGGACGUAACCAUGACUCCGGCUACCAUUGAUGACUCUACGACAAUUCCCGUACGAUUACUUGGAGGAAGAACCAAUAAAGAAGGCAGAUUACAAGUCAGGAUUGAUAAUGAGUGGGGAACUGUGUGUAAUUAUGGGUGGAAUAUUCGUGCAGCUGCACUUGUUUGUCAUCAGUUAGGUUUUACACUUGAUCCUAAUAAUUGGUAUUUAGAAAGAUCACAAAUUCCUAGUGCAGGAACCAAUGAAAAUAUCAUAUUAAGCAACAUUCAGUGUACUGAAGAUGAUAUUGACAUAUCUAAAUGUAAAGCAGAGCAUGCUGGUGAUUUUGAAAAUUCUUGUACCCACGACAAUGACGUUGGGGUAAAAUGUUCUGAAGCCGCUUGGGCUGGAUUACGCUUUGGAUCAUUAGCAGAACGUAGUGAUCUCCAAUUCAUUACAAUCGAAAAAGCUGGGCUUUUAGAUUACACUACUAAUUUAUUUAAACCAGCAUUGCAAAUUGAUUUCGCUCGUCAUUCUAUUGAAGGAGUUAAAAUAGUAAAUAAUCUUCAAGAUGGUCUUGGAAUCAUUUACUCUGAUAUUUAUUCAGCAGACGCAAUCAAUACUGUGAAAAACAGCCAUUUCUCUAAUAACAAAGGUAGUGGAAUAAGUUUCAAACAGUUAGGUUUAAAAAUUUCUUCUUCAUUUAUUGAAAAUAAUCAAAUAGCAGGAAUCCGACACAACCCUGCACUUUCGGCUGUAGAACAAAGAGAAUUUGCUGGAUGGUUUAUGCAAUCUUAUGACUCUACUGUAGAUACUCCUUUUAAACCAAUACAAAUUCCAAGUUUAAAAAAUGAUUUAAUUCAAUUGAAUGUUGGAGAAAUAAAAUAUAUUGUAAGUGAUAAGAAAUCUGGUGAAAAAAUCGAUCGAGUGAUUCAAAUAAAAUGUACUCCAGGAUAUGUAAUUGGUAUUCAACUAUUAAAUCCAAUAGAGAAUCGAAGUACUGAACAAAUAAUAAUUCAUGAUUCUCAAAAAAUAGAUUCUCAUCACAACAUUUGGCAUGUAAAAAGAGAUUUGUCUGUAUUUCCAGUAUCUUCAACUUCAUUUACAAUUUUAUUAGAGUAUCACAGUGGUUUCAAUGCUCUUGGAGGAGCCGUCUUAAUAAUCACUACUAUUCCAGCACCAAUUCAAGAUAUACGAAAUCGAAUUGUAAGAGGUCCUAUUCCAACACUUUCAGUAUCGAAUACUAAAAUAAAAGGCAACAAGCGUGGAAUUUUCACAUCCUUUUACAACCGAUAUUUAGACGAAAUUGGCAAUCAUUAUUUGAGGAAAGCUAAUGAAUCAAUUCGCUUAAUUAACUGUGAAAUUUCUCAUAAUCAAGAUGAAGCAAUAUAUGUUAAUGCACCUUUUUGGAACGUUUUUGAAUCAAACAUUACUGAAAUUACCAUUCAUAUAAAUAAUACGUUGAUCACUGAUAAUGGACAAGGGAUCGUACAGUUCAGCAGAGAUAUGAGGCACUCAAAUAAUUUAUUCCAUUGGGUUAUGAAAGGUAACACAAUAGAAAGAAAUCAAAAAGGUGGCCUAGAUAUUUCUUUACCUUAUGUAUGGCAAUAUAAUGAGAACUUUACGCAUUCUCUACAUUUUAUUAACAAUACCUGGCGUAAUAAUAACUUAUUUGGCUUUGUAGUUGAUGGGCAUUAUGCAUCGUUGAAUAUUUCUUACAAUACCUUUGAUAAUAAUCAGUGUAAAACUGGAUUAAUUGCUAUAAAAGGAAUGGAAAAGAAAAUGAAAAUUAAUAAUAAUCAUAUUGAAAACAACAGUGGAGACUUCAUGGUUGAAUUUUCAGUAGACAGCCAGUCGGAAAUACUUGGUGAAAUUCCUGCAGAUUUCUUAUUGAAUGAAGUCAAAAAUAAUCACAAUCAUAGUGAAAUGAGUCGAGGCAUAUAUCAAAUGACUAAUAAUCCAUCGUAUGUUGUCGGAUUCCAUGGCAUCCAAAAAGUCAACAUCAAUCGAAAUUUAUUUGGAAACAAUUUCUUGGAUUAUGAAUUAAUCGCAGGAAUUAGAACUGCUAAAAUCAAUAACAGAAUAAACGUGCAGAAGAAUUGGUGGGGAACUGUAGAUGAUGUAGAGAUUAAAAAGAGAAUUUUUGAUUUUGAUGACUGGAAUAAUCAUGCCGUAGCUAAUUUCCGACCUUAUCUUAUGACAGAUAGAUUUGACGCAUCAUUUUCCAUGUCUGAAGAAAUGGGAUCAACUGUAGAUAUUGAUAAUCUUAAUGGCAGAAUUACUGAGAAUUUAGAAAUAUAUCCAAGAUCAACACCUUACGUUAUAAAAUCUGACUUGACUAUUAUGCCAGAUGCCACUGUUAAUAUUUAUCCUGAUGUAGUAAUGGAGUUUGCACCAAAUGUGGGCAUUUUAGUUCUCGGAACUCUUAAAGCAAUGGGUGUAGUAGGGCAUGAAAUAGUUAUGAGGCCAAUGAAACGUGAAACCGCACCAGAAUUAAAAGUAUUAAACUCCAAUUACAAGAGAGCUACAAUUAUUGAGAAAAAUUACCAACAAUAUGAUACUAUCCGGCUUUGCAAGGAAGGAUCAUGUGAUAGUAAAAAUAGUAAUGAAGGAUUUCUUGAAUUUUUCAAUCGAACAACUUUACAAUGGAUUCCGUUGUGUGAUUUACGAUUCACUGAACGGAAUGCUCAAGUAGCAUGUCGCCAAUUAGGAUAUGAUCCUUUAAAUGUGUAUGUCUCACACGAUCGACGGUACGAACUUCAUCCUGGCUCCUUGACUAGAAUUUGGUCUUGGCCUGAGCCACUUCAAUGUACAGGAAAUGAAGAGAGUCUUGAGGAAUGUCAAAUUCGAUUGAAUGGUCAAUUAUUUGGUCACAAAUACGACUGUCCAUGGGAUGGAAACUUUGUAUUCUUACAUUGUGGAGAAAGGAAUCUUGAUUAUUCUCAUGAUUAUUGGGGCGGAAUACGCAUAGCUAAUUCUGAAUUUGAGCAUUAUCUAUAUGAACAUCGUAUUCAUGAUAUAAUCACACAUGAAACUGUGAGAAGAGUAGAAUCAGUGUUGAAAUACGUAAACAUCACAGGAGCUGGUAUAUUGCAUAAUGAAAAGUCCCCAGCUAUUCAGGCAGUAAUGAAAAGUCCAUUAAUUACGCAUGUUUCCAUUAAUCAAAGUGCUUAUCAUGGUAUAAAUUUCAUAUCUCCGAGCUACACAGUAGAAUUACUUUUCAAUAUAGUUGAUGAUGCUCUUGGUAAUGGUAUUAAUCUACUUUCACUUACUGGCGAAGGACGAGAAGCUGAAGAAAGCUCAUUUGUUCCUUUGAGAAACCUUAAUAUCCCUUACAAUUUAUUCAGUAUGAUUGAUGUUUGUGAUACAACAAAAGUACUAGCAGUCGAAGAACGUAUUCUUAUUUAUUAUAAAUACGAUAAUAAUCCUGUUAACUGUGUAAAAAUCUUUAAAAAUUUAGGAAAACCAUUUGGAUUUAGAUUAUUACAGUUUAAUCUCUUUAAUUCAACUGGAAAACCCGGAAGAGCUGAUUCUAUUACGAUUUAUGAUGGAGAUAUUUAUAAUGCUACUGCUAAAGAAAUUGGUCAUCUUGAAUUCAACAGCCAAGCUGGGAAAAAAUUAUUUACAACUCAAAGGCCAAGUAUUAGCAUUCGAUUGUUUGCUAAUGGUGCUAGCAAUGUUCAUGGAUUUAUUGCUGAGGUCGUGACUUUACCCAUUUCGGCUAUCGGUUUCAAUCGUGAUGUUCAACAUAAUAUUUCUUAUUCCGUUAUUUCAAACUGCCAAGAAGGUGCUGUAAAAUAUAUGAGUGCUGGUGAAGUAAAUGCAGUUAUAACAUUAGAACGAAAUCAAUUUUUUGAUAAUUGUAAAAAGUACUACGGAAACUUUACUACAUGUGAAGCAGCAGUGAAAUUAGAUGUACAAAAUACUCAGUCAUUAUACUUUAGAAAUAACCUAGUACAACGUAAUCAAGGAGGAGUAUUGAUCCGAUCUGACUCUAGAGGUUCGGCGACUUCUCUAAAAGGAUGGAUACACAAUAAUCUUUUUGCUGAAAAUUAUAAUAAACCAGCAUUAUACGUAGAAGGACGACAAAGCAGUCCUUACCAAGAAGUUACAAUAUUCCGAAAUUAUUUUAUGAAAAAUUCAGCUCCAUAUGACAGCAAUAUCGUAUUGAAACAAGUUGUUAGUAACAUGACACUUAAUUAUCUACAUGCUAAUUUAGGGCUUCAUUUGUUAGUAAUAUCAGGAUUCGAAAGAGUUCGACUACCAAUUUAUCAAAGUACUUCGCAUAAUGGCUUCUACAACAAUUAUGCGAUAGAUCGAAAUGGGCGCAGUACUGUAGUCGCUGGAACUCCAGGCCAACAAUACGUAGAUAACGUUUUCUUCAAUCCUGAUAAUGAUUAUGAAAUUCUCACUGUUAAUCGAUCGUUAGUUAUCAACGCUGAAUGGUUUGAUAACCAAUUUGAAAAAUGGAGGUCUCAUGUCGAUGCAAGAUAUAAUUGGUGGGGUUACAAUGAAACACUAGCUGUAGCAGGACGGAUAAGAGAUCGUGAGGACUCUCUUGAAUUACUACAAGUCGAUUACAAACCAUUCCACAUGAAUAAUGCAUCAGUUCUGAAUGGCAAAUGUCCUCCAUCAUGGGAUCUUGUUGGAGAUACUUGUUAUAUUUAUAUUGGAGCUCCAAUGGAUUUUUACAGUGCCAGGGAAUUUUGCCGCUCAGCAAACGCAUCAAUGCCUUUUAUAAUGGGUAGCUAUCUAGAGCUAUACAGAUUUUUACGAAAACAACAGGAACGAUUUGACUAUUCUGAACGAGUAUGGGUGCAACAACUGGAACGUGUCGAUCAAUGUACUACAUUCACAUAUCAGACUAUUGAGAUUGACCAUUGUAGUCAGCCAAGCUCAUUCAUAUGUGAAAUUGAUCCUCGAAUACACAUAGAUCCUCUUUCAUGGCGAAAAGAUAUUGUAGCUGUUGGAGUUCUCGGAGCUAUUGGAGCAGCUUUAGCUUUAUUGGCAGCUGCAAUUGGAUUUUGGAUUUCUAAAUCGAAGAAACGUAAAAUAGAAAGACUUGAGAGACGUAACUCUAUCAGACAAUCAUUACAUUCAUUACGAUCUGUAGGAUCAACAUCAGGAUUUACGGAAUUAGCUUAUAGACGAAAACCAGUUGCUACAAAAUCAACAGAUACUCUCACGUCACGAUCUCUGGAUUAUAAAAAGAUGAUGAGUGGUGGUAGUAUUGAUUCAAUGGAUAAAUCGCAGUUAAAUUCUUCUAUUGAAGAUAAUCAGAGUUAUGAUGUUUAUGAGGCGCACAAUCCUAAAUAUUCACCAAGUACAAGUGAUUUGAAGGGAGCGAUUCAAAAAUAUCCCAUGCAUUCCGACAAUCCUGUGUUUGAUAUGACCUAUAAAAAUGAUGGCUUUAGAAGUCAUUCAACUUUUACUUCAAGAACAAAUAGUAAUUGGCCAUCGAUGGCUAAUAGUGAAAUAGCACGUGAUGAUUCUGCAACUGACCAAGCUAAUGAAUCUGGAUAUUUGAACAAUGCUUCAACAUUACCAUUAAAUUCGAGUUUGGCGAUGACUGAUUCUAUCACUGAACUCAAAAGGGAUAUUGAAGCAACUCCAGUUUACAGUUCUCCAUUAGAGUUUGAAAAUUAUAGUGAGCCUACAGAAUAUGUAACUAAUGAAACUCCAAUAAUGACUCCAGGGUCUGAACCUGUUCCAGCAUAUUUCUCAUCUGCUACACCCUCUCAGUCAUACUAUUGUGAAGAACGACCAAAAAGUACUACUUUAUUAGAAACAAAUUUAGAUACUGGAGAAGAAAAACCUUUACGUUCUAAAAGCGAAGCUAUAUUAGAAACCAACUUUGAUGUUUUUCUUCCAUCAAAUGAACCAACUGAACUUACACAACUAUCUGCAGAAUCUAGAAGUAAAAGUCAGCCAUUAGAAACGGCGAUGUGAAAUAAGUACAAAGCUAGAUAAAUUAAUCAUAUCAUCAUUAUUUAUACAUAUCAAUGCACUUCAUUUAAAAUUGUCUUCUCUGUAUUUUUUAUCACUAUAUACUCCCCAUCAUUGACAUUAUUAUCAUUUAAUUUUGAAACAUAUUGUUUCAAUGUAGCUGACGUGAUAAUUAAGUUUAUAAAACUUAAAUUCGUCACCAUACACUCUUGAAAAAAUUCGCAUUUUUUCAAAUAUAUCAAUGUAUAUAAACCGUACAUUUUUUUUUAGGUAGUUGGAUAUAUGUAUGUGAUCUCUAUAAAAUUUUGUAAAAGUUUUACAGAUUGUUUACAGUUUCAGCUCAAUAUUAAUUAACGUACUUGUACUUUAUCUGAAAUUAUAAACUUUUUGUAAAUAGUUCGAUAAGAACCAUAGAUAUUAUAUACAUGUGAGUAACUACUGAAAUUCGAGAUUAAGUUUUUUAUAAAUUUAUAAUAAGAAUAAAUACACUGCCGAACGAGAUAAAUGGUAUUUCAAACGAAAUUAUUAUAUUAUAAUAAUCCAUAAAAACUAACGAUACGUUGUGAUAUAAAAUUUGAUAGCUAAACGAUUAUCUGAUUAGUAUGUGUAGUAAAAAAUUAGCAAAAAAUAUUUCGCACAAUCUAUUCGGUAAUGAUGAAUAUUCAUUUUAUAUAUUACAAAAAAAUGUAAAGAAUAGUAAUUAGUAAUAGUUAUAGUUACAGAAAUUCAAUAGAAUACUUUGGUAUACACUAAUUUUAAAGAUUAAUACGUAUAUGAGAAAUAUAAUGGAUUCGUGUAGUAUCUAGUGAUCUUUGUUUUUUCAGAAUUUAUAUUUUCAUAAAUAUAUUAAACUUUAAAAUUGGCGAUGAUGACAUUUUUGGAUUCAUAAGUCCACUUGGUCUUAAGAGAAAUAUCAUUUCUGUCUUUUUAUAAAUUAUUAUAUCGUAUAUAUUAUAUUUGUAACGUUAAAUGGUAUAUAUUUUUAAUAGACUGGCAUUCUAU